AUGGGCAAGCAGUGCAGAACAGCGCCUGGAGGAGAGAGUGGUCAACUACGAGCGAGAGAGCUGACCAUGCAGACGCCCCUGCCUCCCAAUCUCCGGAAGGGCUUGACUACGUUCAGUGGGUCGCUGUUCAUCAAUAACAAGACUGGGGACUGCGUUGCGGCACAGCCCUACCAGGCAGGGCAUGUGGUGCUUUCCAGCCUCCCGCUGCAGAUGAUGCUCUACUUCAACGCCUUCUAUUUCCCGUUUUGGUGCCUCUCGGAGGGAGUGAUGCUGGAGCUCAAGUAUUGCCUGUUGCCCACCUACUACCAGGUCUUGCACGUGGCCGCAUAUCUGAUGAUCAUCCUGGUCGAAGGCUCGCGCCUCUACCUUGGCUACCUUGGGAAUUUGCAGGAGAAGGUCCCAGAGCUGGCCGGCUUUGUCCUUCUGUCCUUCCUGAUAGAGACGCCCACCCUGCUCUUCAUCCUGGUCGACCCAUACGUCCUCAAGUUGCCCCUGGAGAUUGCCGUGCACCUGGUCCUCCUCCUCUUCCUCGCCUCUGAGAUCACCGCUGCCUCCUUCGCCCUCCGAGGGAUGACGAAGCAACUGGCCAUGCAGUUCUACCUGAAACAGUUCGAAGAGGGGCCGGACAGGGCCGGGCCGGGGGAGAGGAGCACCCGAGGGGGGCCCCAGUGGAGAAAGAUAUGA